ACGCGACGGCCCCACGGUGGGGCAGCGGGCGGCACGGGCGGAGGCGGCCGCUAGCGCCCUGCCCGGCGCCGCCUCCCUCGGCGUGCUCGCCCGGCGGACCGGCAGGCGGCGGACCGCGCGGCCCCAGGUGGUGGAGAGUUGGGGAGAACCAGAGCACAGAUCGUUUCCUCCUUUACCUUCUUGCCGCCAAGGCCGGAGGAGGAGGGCCCUGCCUCCUCUGGGAAGUAACAGUCUGUGGCCGGAGCAGCCCAGAACGAAGACGUUGUCAUCACAGGAGAUCGGAGCUGGGCAGUGGGACCAGCUCCUCCCGAUGGAGAUGGUGGACACAGAGAGCCCCAUCGGUCCCCUUUCCCCACUGGAGGCUGAUGACCUGGAAAGCCCACUCUCGGCAGACUUCCUACAAGAGAUGGGAACCAUUCAAGAGAUUUCUCAGUCUAUUGGGGAGGACAGUUCCGGGAGCUUCAGUUUUACAGAAUACCAGUACUUAGGAAGUGGUCCAGGAUCAGAUGGCUCCGUUAUUACAGACACCCUGUCCCCAGCCUCGAGCCCCUCAUCUGCCUCCUACCCCGCGGUCCCUGGCAGCGCCGAGGAGUCGUCCAGCAUCGCCCUGAACAUCGAGUGUAGGAUCUGCGGGGACAAAGCCUCUGGCUACCACUACGGCGUCCACGCAUGUGAGGGCUGCAAGGGCUUCUUUAGGAGAACCAUUCGGCUGAAGCUGGUGUAUGACAGAUGUGACCGGAGCUGCAAGAUCCAGAAAAAGAACCGGAAUAAGUGCCAGUACUGUCGCUUCCACAAGUGCCUUUCCGUUGGGAUGUCCCAUAACGCGAUUCGUUUUGGACGAAUGCCAAGAUCUGAAAAAGCAAAAUUGAAGGCAGAAAUCCUUACGUGUGAACAUGACCUAGAAGAUUCCGAAACCGCAGAUCUCAAGUCUCUGGCCAAGAGGAUUUAUGAGGCCUACUUGAAGAACUUCAACAUGAACAAGGUCAAGGCCCGGGUCAUCCUUGCCGGGAAGACCACCAACAAUCCGCCCUUCGUCAUCCACGACAUGGAGACGCUGUGCACGGCCGAGAAGACCCUGGUGGCCAAGCUGGUGGCCAACGGCGUCCAGAACAAGGAGGCGGAGGUCCGCAUCUUCCACUGCUGCCAGUGCACGUCUGUGGAGACCGUCACCGAGCUCACGGAGUUCGCCAAGUCCAUCCCAGGGUUUGCAAGCUUGGACUUGAACGACCAGGUCACCCUGCUGAAGUAUGGCGUUUACGAAGCCAUAUUUGCGAUGCUGUCUUCUGUGAUGAACAAAGACGGGAUGUUGGUAGCCUACGGGAAUGGCUUCAUAACCCGUGAGUUCCUUAAAAGCCUAAGAAAACCCUUCUGUGAUAUCAUGGAGCCCAAGUUCGACUUUGCAAUGAAGUUCAAUGCACUGGAGCUGGACGACAGUGAUAUUUCCCUCUUUGUGGCUGCUAUCAUUUGCUGCGGAGAAGAUGGCAGACCUGCGGCAGCUGGUCACGGAGCACGCACAGCUGGUGCAGGUGAUCAAGAAGACGGAGUCGGACGCCGCCCUGCACCCGCUGCUGCAGGAGAUCUACAGAGACAUGUACUGACGGCCCGGGCGCGCGCGCGGGGAGGGGCUUCUCCCGGGCGCGCGCGCGGGGAGGGGCUUCUCGCGGGUUUUCAGAGGCGGCGGCGCUACAGAGGAGAGACGGGAGCAACGCAGCUUUGCACAAAUGUCCCCCAUGGAAACCUUGGAACAACGGGAGGUUUCCUGCCUAGGUAACCGGAAGGCUACUCCACGUUUCUUCUUUGUAACCACUUCUGAGAGCAGUGCAGUCUUGAAAUGCUGGUGAGAAGCAGCUACUAGUCAGGACUUGGGAAAUGAGGGGGAAUGGUGUUCAGCGGUCUGAUUUUUAAUGUGCCUGAUGUGAAUCAAUGCAGAUUUCUUUAUAUCGUGUUAGGAAUUUACCAGUGAAUUAACCUCAAAAUACGUGGUCUCUCUUCCCUUUUUACCCCUUUUUGACUGUUGUGCUCUUUUUUAAUUUUGAAAACUAAUCAGCACUUUUUAAUUUUUAUAAUCCUGUAAACAUAGAUGUCUCCAAAGGUUAAGUAUUUUAAAAGCAGCGAAAUAUUUAUUUGGAAGACUUCGGUUCUGUUUCCUGAAUUCGAAGAAAGACAACGUGCUAUUUUUGAAUCACAGGAUUUAGAAUGUCAAAGAAUGAUUUCAAUAAGCUUAUCGAAAUGCACCAGGUGUUUCGUUUCAGUUUGCUGUUUUUGUGGUUGUAAGUAGUAUGUGGAAAAGUCUGUUCCCAGGUGUGUGUAGAAGAUUCCAGAAAGCCAUGUCUCAAGGCCCCUCUGGACUUGAUCCCCUCCCUGUUUUAAGCUAGCACCUGUGGUCAGCAGGAACAAGAGGGACUGAAGUGUAGUCCACUUCUCAUUCCUCUCGGCUCGAUUCCCUAUCAAAUCCGAAUCCACCGAGCCGAGCUGUUUGGGGGCCAGGGUCGCGUCUCCAUGGGCAAACUGACAAGUUAUUUGUAGAUCUUGCUCCAAGCCCCCUCUGUCAAGGCAGCUCCUUGGUCUUUUUCUGUGUUGCUUUUCUAAAUAUGCAGCUUUGUUUCUUUUAACCCCUAUUGGUGGCAGCUGCUCCCUGGGGUGGAGAGGACAAAGUUCCUGUGACUGUAUAGCGUGGGGGUGGGGCCGGGGGUCUCGCCUGGAGAAUGGGCCAGGGCGGGCCAGGGUGGGGGGAUGAAAUGGCUUCAUUUGGUCUCAGGAUUCACAACAGGCUGGUGGUUUUCGCAAGGAUUUCAAGAGUUGUUUCCUUUUCCAGCUACAUAUAUAAGGUGGUUUUACCAAAAUCUAAAAUGUCUGAUUCAGCCUUAAAGGUCAAGUUCUCAACCUCAGUCCAGUCUGGAGGCAGGGUGGAUUAUGGGUUUUGUCUAGAGCACAUGGUCCUGUCCACCACUUGGAUUAACUGUCCCGUCAGAGAGCUGUCAGAGUGCCUCCCCAUCCCCUGGCUGGUUCAGCCCCUAGACGCCUCCUGGGCCGGCAGCGUUUUUUGACCCUUGACGCCCCUCCCCUGUCUUUGGGACAUUUGGUUCUAUAAGGUCUUUAUUACCUGCUGUUAAAGAAUGGCUAGGACUGAGUUUGAAAGUCUCCACGAUCAGCAUUAUGAUACAGAAAACUGAGACUUCAGCUUAAGAAACAGCAAGCCUCACAAUUAGGACGGCUUUGUCCAUAUUACACGUUCGGUGAUGCUUUUAUCUUUUUUUUUAAGAUGCAAUCAAAGGGCCUGCUGGAGACAAAUGACAGCAUUUCUGCUUUAGAACUGACGCUAGUCAGGGGUCACCCUAAGUCAGAAAGGAGGUAAGCUGAGUCACAGGUGCGCCCGUGUCCCCGCUCUUCCCUAAGAUGGGCACUCCCUGGGCUGGCGAGCCUGGAGGCCCGGCUCGUGCGAGGUCUGGGGUCUCGGGUUGGAUCCUGUGCGUGCCGCCUCUCGCUCUAGUGUUUCGGGACAGGUCUACUCACACAGACACGGCUUUGGAAAGUGAGGCCCAAGACUCAGGCUUUCGGAAGACUUGUUGGUCCUGUUUAGAUUCUCUUAGGAUCUAUCUGAAACAGCUCCUAGCUCAUGCUUGCCAUUGAACAAGCUGACUGCCGGCCCAGGCUCUGCAUCCACGGUGUCAGCGAGCAUCUGGUCCUCUUGGGGCCGGCCAGACCACCAGGGAAGCCCAUGGUGAAGCCGCAGAGGACCUUGGCCUUAAAGCAACCUGACAUUGUUCACUUGCUAAUAAGAAGAAAUUCACUUGAAAUAACAGAGCCACUCAUUGCCACUCAGAGUAUCUGGGGUCACACUAUCAGAGAUUUCUCCAAGCACUGAUAGUCAAAUUAUGGAUGAAUUAUUCACCAGUUUAGUAUAUGGUAGUGUUUCAAACAGGAGCUAUGGAAGGAGCACGCUUCUUGCUUGUGAUAUUUUAGCAGACAUCAGCAUAAGGUCCAGUGGAAGCGGGUUCCAGAAACUUCAGACAAGUGUAGAGCCAGCCGCCCAUGGUCCUGGAUGCAGGUCAUGGCGAGACCUCUUUUACCACCUUGAUCCGCUCUUAAGCCAUCGUUUAAACCUGGUUCUUCAUUCCCGCACUCACCACCAAUUGCCAAACUCCCCAGAGGCCACAGACUACUGGGGACCUUUGUCUGGACAGGUGGACCAUGGGGCUCCUCCAGGCUGCCUUGCUGCCCCCCAGUGGCCCUCCUCUCUGCCUCCUGGGCAUUUCCGGUUGGGGGUCCCACGGGCUCACUUCUGCCCCUGCCACACUGCAAGAAGUCUGAGGGCUGCAUGCCUGGACGCCACCUCCCUGACGUCCAGUGUCAGAGGAGCAGUUUGGUGACAGCCCUGCCCACUGCCUGCCUGGCCCCCGGGAACCCUGUGACCUCUACACAGCUCUCUGGGAAAAGGGGCUCAAACCAUCUUCCCAAAGAGGAUACACACAUAGGUGUCAACAGUGACUGUGAAUCAAAGGCAAAGAAUUCCAGAAUGCCUGAGAGCUGGCCCUGGUAAAGCAAGCCCUUCCUUCCACUUGAAGAGCAUAGAACACGGCAGCCUACGAUCUGAACAGAAGCUCCAGGCACAGGUAGGGCCCUUGGUUAGAUGAUGGAUGAUGAGAAAGCUAUUAAUUGAGCAGCUACUGUUUCCCCAAAUCUGCAGCUGGACAGCCACGUCAAUAGGGCUGUCACGUGCCUCUGUUAAAUCUAAGAUCCACGGAGCACUGGGGCCUUCGGCGCGUCCCUAGUCAGACCGUCUGUGAUCAGGGCUCAGAGACUGUGUACCCACCGCUGCUGUGUGCACCCUGAGACACGGAAGCCUAUGUGGAUUUUUAAAGGAAAUUUCAUCGUUUAAAGGGAGCCUUGGAAAUUCCCCGGUGGUCCAGGGGUUAGGACUCUGUGCCUUCGCUGCCAAGGGCCCAGGUGACCGGCCCACGCAGGGCCUCCCUCCUCUGCAGCUUCACCUGCUAGCCGAGGAGGAGCCUGCUCACAGGGAGAUUCUGGCAGGCAAGGGCAGAGAGAGGCAUCUCUAUGCAAGCCUUCGUCAGCUCGGCUCCCCGCGGCCUCCACCCCGAGUCGCACCUGAGCCCCUCUGUGCCUGGCUCCUUUCCAGCCACUGUGACACCGGGCACAUUUUGACGGCUCGCGGCCAGAUGCACGACAGAGGGCUUUUUUUGUCUUGACCCAAUGACCACACUCGUCUCUGGAAUGUCUUAAAAAGUCCUGUUUAAAUAUAAGUCCAUUGUUUCACUAGGGAGUCAGGUGCUUCCAGCUAAGACCAACUUGGCCACUGGCCUGGCCUUCAGUAGGGGCUUCCAGGGACCCUGGAGAACCAGCAAGUGCCUCUUCAACCCGCAUGGCUUCCAAAACGCGGAUCCUGCGAGGGAGACGUGCAGGUGCUCCCGGCUCCCCACCUGCAGCGUCAGUGCAGGCUCUGGCGUCACCUCCAGGCCUCAGACCCUUGAGGGGGUCGGACUGUGUCAUCCCACCUUCGAGUGGAAACACCGGGCUCGGAAGGACUGCCUGGACGUGUGGAUUGGGCCCCAGGGGUGGCUUGCUUCCACUCUCCCGCCCCUGCAUCUAAGGUGGGUGAGGGUGCUUCAGAGUGGUCCCUGUGGUUGAGUCUGAUCCCCUGGCUGCACAUGUUCCUGGAGGGGUCGCUUCCUCCUUAAGCUCACAGCAGCCGUGUCAAUUCAAGAGAGGCAAGGAAACCAUACUGUCCCUAGAUGCCACAAACUAAGACCGAUGCCACCAACUGAGGGCUUAACUAUCAAGAGGUGUCCAGGGAGGGUUUUCACAGCGCUGUUGCUGCAGGCACUGGACUGUAUCUGUAUUUGUUCUUAAGUCUUGGUCCAAGCGGGCUUAUGGGGCUCCCCUGGGAUGACAGAUUCUCGGCAACGAAAUCUCUGCCUGGAGUGGUAGCUAAGGGGACUCCUGCCUUAGCUCUCUAGACGGCACGGCCCGGUUGCAGCAGGGAGGCUCUGCAGACAGCCCCGCUGGGAGGAGCGGACCAAGGGCCGUGGCGGGGAAUGCCGACCAGCCGGCCUGAGUGCUGGCGACUGCGCGCCACCGCCUGCGCAUGCUCCCCCUUCCCAGGGCUGACUUUACCGGGGCACGCUUUCCUCUGGGAACUUCUCUCCAGGAAGAUCCAACAUUAGGCUCCAAAGGUUGAGGUCUGAGUGUUGGCUGAGAUUUACAUCUAUUUUUAGGCACCAUUUUUUAGCACAAUUAGGAAAAUGGUUCUCAACCUCCAGCCAGGGACGCACACCAGAGUGAAAACAAGGGCAGCAACUUGGUCUGACUGGGAAUACAGGAGGCCCUCCUGCUUCUCCGGGAACUGCCAACGAACUAAACUGUGGUACUGGGAGUGCUCUAAGGGGAAAAAAAAAAAGACCACGCGUCUUCAAAUUCAUCUGAAGAGUUACAUGAUGAUUUCCAUGAUGCUGUCCGUGUGGGGUGUGGCAGGUUCCUACUUUACUCCCGCUUAGAACAGAGUCCCCUGCCUGAGGCUCACUUCCACAUGCCUUUUCCUGGCUUGAGGCACCCAGACUCCUCAGAUCCAGACUGUCUGCUUCUUAGAAUUUCAGUGAGGCAGGAAAAGUAUAACCCCCUGGGGAAGAGGGGGCCACGUGAUGUGGUUCAGCUGGAAGACAUGGAGCCACAUGCUUCUGGAAUCCUCUGCACAGGACAGACCACACUGUAUCCACGCCAAGGUCACAUCUCGACUGAGCAACUCAUAACACCGAGGACCUCGGGGGCCCUGUGGCUGUUAAAUGCAUUAUUUGGGAAAAAAAAAAAAAAAAGCGAAGAAAUAGCAAUUUUUUUACAUCGCAAAACAGCAAACUGAGACCUGGGUCAGGUUUUUUCAUUUGAAAAUGUGUUUGCUAGUUUGGGUCAAAUGUGAACAGCUUCCCUGUUUCCCCCAGAGAAGGCAGCACAGCCGCCGCCUCUCUUGCCUCCCCCACCACCGCCACCCCCAGCGGUGUGGCCAGCACAGCGUCGUGCCAGCCGGAGUGCAGACCAGACCCCACCACCAGCCCUGCCUCCUGGGACGGAAGGUGGGGGCCACGGGCAGACAGGCCCUGGAGACGAGUAGCUGAUCUUUUCCAGGAAAAAUCAUUCAGUUUGGGGAAGUUUCUUUUUAAAGGCACAGAUGGUCUGGUCCUUUCAUCAGGCCUAAAAAAACAACGUACCUCACAUGAGAUGGACACCACUCACUGCCCUACAGUUACAGUAUUUGUAUUCGAGAAUCACUUUUUUUCCCCUACAUUGUAUGGUAAAAGGAACUAUGUUAAUAGCUAUAUCUUAAAUACUGUGAUUUGAGGUUGUUUUUUUUUUUAAUCAUAUUUUACUAACCUACAAUCAUGCAUCUGACAACAAACAUUGGGAUUCUUUUGGAGAUCCGUGUGAACUGAUGUAUACUGUUUAGUAGCUUGGCUCUUGGACCUGCUGGAAACACACAAAAAAGCUGAAAUGUCACAACAGAACUACAACUGCAUGCGCACGCAGGCCCGCCCCUCCCCGGACACCACGCACGCACGCACGCACGCACACACGUCUGAACUCUCCUUCUCUCCUGAGCCAUCUGGAACUUAUCUCCCUGUAAAUCCGUUCUCUUCAUCAUUUCGCAUCUGAGCAGCACAGGCACGCCUGUCUGUCGAUCAGCAAGGCAGACCCAGGUUAGAAGCCAACUUCACGCAAGCAGGGUCGGUCCCACCGGAGACUCGGAGCUUCUCCUCUGGAGUAAGCAGCUGUCUGCUCUUCAGGGAAUUACUACCUGGGGGCUGUUACCAAAGAGCUCUGCAAUCUGAGAGAUGCUGAGACAGGGACUCUCACUGGCUGCUCCUCUGGCAGCCUCCAGUGGAAGCCACAGACCCCGUGAAUCUCCCGGGCAACUUGUUCCAAACCUGGGUGGGCUUCUUCCUGAUGUGUGUCUGUGCCUGGGGCACACAGGCACAGAGGAAGCCUUUGCCAGACAUGCGGCAGAGCCACGCAGCUUCCAAAGCCAGGACUGAGCGUGACUCCUUGGUGUGUGUCGGUCCGUUACUGUUCUUGGUGCCUUAAUGUUCUCAAAGCAUUUAGGGGCUGACAGACCCCUUGUAUUUCAUACUAAACAGGAGCAAUUCCAAAGCAGAGCUUUUCUGGGUAGGCUCCAAAUGACCUCUGUGGCUCAGCCCCCUGGGUGUGAUCGGUGGGGCACCUGGGGUCAGGGAAGCCGGGGUAUGCAGAGGACAGCAAGUGGGAUCUCCUUGGUCACUUUCCUGGUGGUCGUGCCAGGCAAUUAGAAAAUGGCUAUAAAAUAACGUUAAUUAAAAAAAAAAAUUGGAUCUUAUUCAUUUUCCCUUAAGGAGACUGAACUGAUCAUGUAUGUUAAUUUCUAUCCUGAACUGAUGGGAACUUACAUGUUUGGAAUGUCCUACUGUAAGACUGAUGAAUGUAAAGAGUUAAUUUCAGGGUACAGUAUUGCCUUAAUGGUUUUAAAAAAUAAACUAUUUUAAAAAAUUA